UGCCGCGCCACUGGAGCUCGGGGUGACCCCGCCGCCCUCCCGAGAGCGGUGGGCUGUGUGGGAUGGGCUGUGGGCCAUAGUACCGUGGAAGGGGCUGUCGAAGCCGUAUCGAGAAUUGCUGUAGCUUUUCGUGUGGGCAGCUGCUGGAGGCUUACGGAUUUUGAAAAAAAUAGGUAAUUGCCGGAGGAGGUGACGCCGUGGUGCUGAACAUCCCUCUGGUGACGAACGCUCUGGUGCUCCUCGCUCCCUCAGCCAGGUUAUUGAUUCUGAAGUAUCUCGUUUCUAGAUUUGCUUUCCUGCGGUGAGCUCCUGAAAGUCUCCUAACAGUGAGAUUAAGGUCGCUUUUUUAGCCUCACCUUUUCAGAUGUCAAGCUUUGUCUGAUUCUUCAGUUUCUCAUAAUUGAAGAAAGUAUGUUUAUUUUCUUUCUGCCGAUCAGACAUGUUAUUGACACUGCUUCAUCUCUUUAAUUCUUUUAAAGAGAAUAGUAGUAAAACUCUGAGAGUCCUGAAGCUACAACAGGGAAUAUUCAGUGAUUUGGUCUGUAACUAAACUGGCCUGCCAUACACCGCCUGAGGAGAACAGGGGUUUUGCCCUUAUAUGUACCUUUGUAUGUGUACAUACAUACCUCUGCAUGUAUGCAUACAUAUAUACAGAUUUGUGUGUCCGCAUACAUACAAACACGUGCAUAUACAUUGACAUGUUUUUUCAAAAUGUAUGAAUAUGAAUGGUUUUAUUUUGCAGAUGCCUCAGCAUUUAAAUGAUUCAGAAUCAAAUACUUAUCUAAACCAGCAGACUCUUAUUUAAGAUUCCUUUUUUGAAAAUGGCAACAUUAAUUCACAGUUUAUCGGAUCACAGCGAUGAUGUCAACUACUGCGCCUUCUCGUCGUCGUGCUUGGCGACCUGUUCCUUGGACAAAACAGUUCGUGUUUAUUCCCUGAGCGACUUCGCCGAGCUGCCGUACUCGCCGCUGCGCGGCCACACGUACGCCGUGCACUGCUGCUGCUUCUCGCCGUCGGGCCGCGUGCUGGCCUCGUGCUCCACGGACGGCACCACGGCGCUGUGGGACACGCGUGACGGCCGCCGGCUGGCAGUGCUGGGGCAGCCGCGCGCCAGCCCCGUCAGGGUGUGCCGCUUCUCCCCACGUGGAACCUGCCUGCUGGCGGGGGCCGCCGACGGCAGCCUCGUGCUCUGGAACGUCCAGUCGCUGCAGCUCUACAGGUCUGGAAAUGUUAAAGAUGGUUCUUUGGUGGCUUGUGCAUUUUCUCCCAGUGGGAAUUUCUUUGUCACUGGAUCAUCAAGUGGUGAUUUAACCAUUUGGGAUGAUAAAAUGAGGUGCCUGUAUAAUGAAAAAGCACAUGAUCUUGGUGUUACCUGCUGUGAUAUUUCUUCAAAUCCAGUAUCUGUUUUAUCAGAUAAUGGAAAUGGAUUCAAAUACUUCCAGAUGGUUUCUUGCGGACAAGAUAAUCAGAUCAAACUCUGGCUUAUUUUGUUUGCAGAUUCCUUAGGUGUUGAAUUAAAACAUAAAUGCACAUUGAAUGGACAUUCUGCCCCAGUUCUGGCUUGUGCAUUUUCAUACGAUGGGCAGAUGCUGGUCUCGGGGUCUGUGGACAAGUGUGUCAUAAUCUAUGAAACUAGUACUGGCAAUACCCUUCACACUUUGUCUCAGCACACCAGGUAUGUUACAACUUGUGCUUUUGCACCACACAGUCACUUACUUGCCACAGGCUCAAUGGAUAAAACUGUGCACAUAUGGCAGUUGGACCUUAAGCAGCCCUCUGCAGGAAAUACUGUAGAAACUGAAUCAAAGGUGGCUGUUGAGGACUGGUCAGAGGAUGAUGUUUCAGCCUGGCUCUGUGCACAAGAUUUAGCAGACUUUGUUGGGCUUUUCAAAAUGAAUAACAUUGAUGGCAAGGAGCUACUGAAUCUUACUAAGGAAGGUCUUGCUAAUGAAUUGAAAAUUGAGUCUCUAGGCCUGCGCAGUAAAAUUCUCCAGAAGAUUGAAGAACUGAGGAUGACAAUGAUCUCAGUUUCUGUUCCUGUCCCUGAUGAGUUCCUGUGUCCUAUAACAAGGGAGCUUAUGAAGGAUCCUGUCAUUGCAGCGGAUGGCUAUUCCUAUGAAAGGGAAGCAGUGGAACACUGGAUCAGCAAUAAAAGACGAUCUAGUCCCAUGACCAAUCUUCCCCUCCACUCCCUUAUGCUCACACCCAACAGGACCCUAAAAAUGGCCAUCACUCGCUGGCUGGAGACUCAGCAGAAAUGUUAAACCACGUCACUUGGAAUUCUGUGUAGCUAAAGGAACUAACUGUAUCAG